UGCAGAAUGGCUGUAGACUAAAGGCGUCCAGUAUAAGCGAGCAUAGUGGCUCAUUAUUCAUUCAAGGUCCCUGACUGAGAUCUAGCAAGGGGUUGUCUGGUCAUGAGGAUGAUGGACAUAGGUCUGAGGUGGCUAUGAUGGCUGCGAUGGCUGCAAUAGCCGCGACGGUAGCUUCAAUUGCAUCUUUGACAGACCUCGCACAUACACUCGUCUUGCUUGCCUUCGGGGCUGGGAUCAUAGCCAACGAGCAAGGUGUAGACGUGCGGAACGAAGGACUCGAUCGAACGGAACUCGAAGACAUCAUGUCCCUCGAUCAUCUUCUCUACGCGGAUGGUGGCCUCGCCCUCGACCAUCUUGUCGCGAUUAUGACCAACCCAGUUGUAGUCAGGUGGCAAGCCUCCGAAGAACUUGACACUUUCGCAGUUCAUUUUGUCCAGGACCUCGUAGUCCUCCUUGGCCUGAGCUUGUUCAAGGAAGUUGUUGAAUCUGUCUGUGAGAAGCUUGAGGAAUUUGUCGGUAUCCAGCUUGAAAUCGCCCUCACGGAGAAACUCCAGCGUGCGAUACGGUUUUGGUCACUGUUGAAGAGAGUGGUCAAGCGAUCGAGGGUAGGCCCAGCAGGCAUGAGAGUGUAGCCAGGUCUGUGACCAGCAGUGGCGGAGGUCCCAUUGCUGUGUGGAAGUCGGCUGAGAUCGAUCUGGACGCUUUGAGGUUGAGCCAUCUUCGUGCAGGGCGCAAGUCGGGUGCACUGUUUGUGGUGGUCCCUG